AUGUUUACUUGCCUCCUUGAAAAUGGCCCAAGUAACCACCCACCUACUGCACGAUUGGUAGUCCUCAAAACGUCCACUGCACUGCAAUGCGAUGACCAACCCACAACGAGUGACAUGAUUUUACUGCUAGCAGUCUUGCAAAUUGCAAAUACUCGUAAGUUGCAACAAUCAGACAUGCCAGAAAUAUAUGCCUUAUAUGGAACAUUCACAUUUGCAUCUCAUUCUCUCACUGCCGAUAAAGUGGAAUCGCAAGUACGUAUAAUAGUAUUGUCCUUUUUUAUGCAACAACUGAGUGCUGCGGUUAUCGAGGUCUCAAGAAAAUGGCAUGCGCAAUUGAAAUCUUGUGGGUGUUCACUCGAAUAUAAUCAAAUGAAACAGAUGAAUACAAAUUACGAUGUAGCAAAAUUGGUAUGCAGAGUUAUUGGUACCAUUGGAGUUUUAGAGACGUUUAUUAUCUUAAUGAGAAACUGUUUUGCAAGAAGAUACGUGAUGCAACACAGAACAGGUAUUCUUAUAUUCUCAAUUCGCAGCGCAUUUAUCUUCACAGCCUUAAAAACCGAAGAGGGUAACCAUGACAACGACAUGGACAUACUUAAUGAUGCUGCAAAAGAAGGCUGUCUACUUUAUGUACCUUUAACUUCUCAGGCUUUUCAUUAUCUGACUUCUCGGUUGCCUAUCCGGCGGCAUUGUUUCGUUGAUGCCAUUCCCGUUAACUUCCUCCUAGCCCAUCCGUGCAUCAUAAGUGAAACUGUAUUUAAACAUGUAUAUCUUAAAACAUCUUCGGGUUUGAAUCCGGUAAAUCAUCUUUUUUCAAAAAUAGAUUGGAUGGCUACUAACCUGGUGAUUUGGAAUAAACCACUAAGUCAACAUUCUGUCAUCGGUCUAGGCUGGGACAAAUCACCAGUGAGGCAGAAAACUUCAAAGAAGCUGAACCACGGCAAAACUGCGCAAGGUGCUCCUUCAUAUUAUUUGCUGUUAAUCCAUCUUCUAAAGCCGAUUCCUAAUUAUUUUUGCAAAAAAUGCAGUAUUUCACAAUAUGAAUUUACAAAUGCAAUUAAUUUUUUAAAAUCUGUUUUAACAGACUCAACCUAUGCUGAGAAAGUAGACACUGAUGAAGAACGCUAUGGACGAGAACAUAAAAAACACACUGCAAUCAUAGCAGACAGGAAAUACUUGUCACAAAUUUGCGCAGCUCACGCAAAUUUUAGCAAUGGUUAUGGCGACUAUCCACAUCAAGUCACAGGUUAUUUCUGUGGAAAUUCUGGAGAAAAGUCGGUUGCCAGCUUCAAAUGGAAGGCAUAUGUAUUGAGAAGAAUAUUAAAUACCACUUACCGUUUAUGUGUUUUGACUUACUUUUUCAGCAGAGGCAAUGCGGGGAUUAAAGGAGAUGAUGUAGAAUAUUUCACAUCUAAUAAUUAG